AUGGGAACUCCAAAUGACACAGUGGUGACUGAAUUCAUCUUGAUUGGGUUAUCUGAACACCCCCGAGCACAGGUUGUGUUCUUUUGGAUCUUCUUGGUGGUUUACCUCAUAAGCACUCUUGGGAAUGGCCUCAUGAUUGUAUUGAUUAUUUCAGACUCCCACCUUCAUUCCCCUAUGUAUUUCUUUCUUUGUGUCCUCUCCUCAGUGGAUUUCAUCCUCUCCAACAAUGCUAUUCCUGAAAUCCUGGUCAACUGCUUUUUUUACAGGCCCACAGUCUCCUCCUAUAGGUGCUUGGUGCAGAUGUAUGUUGGUCUAUGCGUUGUUGGAACAGAAUGUCUUCUUCUGGCUAUCAUGGCAUAUGACCGCUUUGCAGCAGUAUGCCAGCCACUCCACUACAUGCAAAUCAUGAGCUGGAGAUUUUGUACCAGUUUAGUGAUUACUUCUAUGAGCGUCUCCUUACUAAAUACUUUGCUUGAAGUGCUGUUGAAGCCAACUGACUUCUGUGGACAAAAUAUCCUUAACCAUUUUGCAUGUGAGCUACAAUCGUUCCUCAGACUGGCCUGUUCUGACAUACACACAACUGAGCUCUACAUGAAAGUUGCCAGCUUUUUAUUCCUAAUACCUCCCUUUGGCUUCAUUGUUUUGACAUAUGUGCGCAUUGGCUUAGCUGUCCUGCGCAUUCGCUCAACACAGGGACGGAAGAAAGCCUUCUCCACCUGUAGUUCACACAUUGCAGUGGUCAGUGUCUUUUAUGGUACAAUCAUGAUCAUGUACUUGAAACCCCAAGAAAAAUCUGCUUCAGAUCAAGAUAAGAUCAUAUCGUUAAUAUAUGGGGUUUUAACACCCACGCUCAACCCCCUGAUCUACAGUUUGAGGAACAGGGAUGUGAAGGAAGCUUUCUGGAGGUUGUUUGGAAGGAAAAAGUCAGAAUAA